CGCUCUGCUUUAGCAUCGGAACCAGUCUUUGCGGUGUUGUGCAUAAUUCACAGUGAGUUAUUGUGCGUUCGGAUAGCCAGUAGCGGCAAUUGUUCAUCGUCCGCACGUAAAACACACCAAAUCGCCCAAUCACAGAAAGCGUCAGUAGCAGCCUUUGGAGUGUUUACUUUGUUUCACUCGUAGUGAGUUUCAGAGAUCCUCAAAGUUGACUAGUUGAGCAGGUUUUGCGUUGCGUAUCCAGUCCAUAAAUUCACCCGCCAGCCAGACUAAUAAAGUGGCCGACAUCAGGCACCAGCAUAAUUAAAGCAUUGGCGGCCGCACCAGAGUACGGUAAACGUUAAAGCCCGAAAAGAUCAACAGCCAAGCAGCAAAAGCUAAAGAGCACCCACAAUUUAAGCGUGACAAUGAACACACAGCGUGCGGAACAGAUUUGCUGGGAGAAAGGGUGGUAGGAAAAUCUAUCAGUAACAUCAACAAAGCGCGACAGCAGCUCGUUGUGCCAUUAGUGCGAGAGCCAGAAGCUUUCGCUUGUGCCAUGUUCUAUUGUCUCGAGUGAGAGCUUCGGGGAGAGCAAGCAUCACAGCAGCAGCAGCAACCUAAGAAAACCCAGCAACCUAAGAAAACUGCAAGCGCCCAGAGAGAACAUAAAAGCAACCCGUCAACGAGAGAAGAGAGAUCGGCGGUGAAAAUGUCGACAAACGAUGCCAACUUUAUGCUGUUUCCAAACAUUAGCGACUGCUCCUACGUUUCAUGUUACUGCGAGGAAAACGUGUGGAAGCUGUGUGAGCAGGUCAAGAAAACACACCCGUCUGAGCUGACGAAAUGCUAUGCCGUGUUUGUGUCGAAUGAACGACGAACCGUACCGCUAUGGCGGCAAAAGGCAGGCCGCGGCGACGAGAAGCUGGUGAUAUGGGACUACCAUGUGUUUUUCAUGCACAAUCCGUCACCCAAUCGAUGUCUGGUAUUCGAUCUCGACACGACCCUACCGUUCCCGACCUACUUUCAUAAAUACGUUACCGAAACGUUCCGGUCGGAUUAUGCCUUAACACCGGAACAUCACAGGUUCUUCCGAGUGAUACCGGCAGAGAAGUAUCUGGCCGAGUUUUCGUCCGACCGACGACAUAUGCGUAGACCGGAUGGGUCCUGGAUAAAACCACCUCCCUCCUACACGCCCAUCCAGACUAACGCAAGUUCACAUAGUUUGGACGAUUUCAUAUGCAUGAAACCAGGUAAAGGACCAGGCGCAGUUCACGACCUACUUCACUUUGUACAGCAGUUUUACAAACCGCCGGAUCGGAACAUUGGAACUAAAACGCAAAAUUAA